GUUCACCGCCGCCGCUACUUCACAGGGGGGAGGGGGAAUCUUAUUUCUUUCUUCUUCUGGGAGAGUUGUCCUAAUUGUGAUGUCGCUCUCUGCAUGUGUGUGAGUGAGUGAGUAGGGAGAGAGUGCGAGUGUGCUAGUAAAAGAGUGAGUGAGUGCGAUUUCGAGACACUCUCGUGUUGAAUGAAUGAAUGAAUGAAUGAGAGAGUAUGCUGCUGUGAGGGUUGCGGGUGUUUUCUCUUUCUCUUUCCCUCACUCUUUCUCUCGAUGUGUUAGGGUUUCCUACUCUUGCUCAGCUAAUCAGUGUUGCGUGCGAGGGGAGUCGAUUUUAACUCAGUACUCUUGUGAACUGAGUACGUGAUAGUAGUCCCGAUCUUCUUCUUUCUCCUCCUUUGAAAUUUUAACUCUUUUGUGGGUAAUUAAAAUUUCGGUAGCAGAUCUUAGGAAAGUUAUGUCGGUGGGAUUUUGGUGUUUGAAUGGAAAGGGUGACAAGAGAAACGGAUAGUUGAGAUGAACAGCGUUCGUGUUUUCUUAACGAAGUUUCCGGCUCUUUUUAUGUCGCGGUGCGGGGGUUUCCUGAGAUGCUGUAGGGUUGAUGGCGUUUUUUUUAGUAGAUUGGGCUAAAUUAAUGCAAAAAGGUUGAAAUAGUCGGGUGAGGUCCAUCUAUGUGUGAUGUUCGGUUUUGUGUAAGGGAUCUGAGUGCAUGGGGUGUAUUGUGUCCCUCCUUGCAGGCUGUGUUUGAACUGCUGCGAGGACUUUAUUGUCGGUCUUCAUCGUGUGUGUAAGCUGGACAAAGUCUUCAGUCCCCAGAUUCCUUGGCUUUUUUGCCGUCUUUUUGUGUUCGCGUGCGACUCGAUCUGAAAGAUUUUCUAUUGGUUCCCAUUUUUUAACUGGGAAUGCAGAUGCUCAGGGUACAAUUCAGCACUGUUAGCUUGCACUGGGUAGAGCCUUUGAUGGCCAGAGAGUCUCGGCGAAAAACUUGUGUGAGUGACAGCUUCUGAUAUGUGAUUCUCUAGCAGGUCAAUCUCGAGUUAACAGAUUCAGUUGAACCUGUACCCAAAAUGGAGAAGAGCGUCCGCAAGAGUUCAAGCUAAGAGUCAGAGGGGGAGAGAGGCAAUUCGACUUCUGGGCUCUCUCUUGCUUCCAUGGCUGGGGAGGUUUUUACCCCCUCUGUGACUCAAGGGUUCUGGGGUCCCAUUACUGCAAGCACGGAAUGGUGUGAAAUGAACUAUCAGGUCACGUCACUAGUGGCUGAGUUCUACAAUACCAUAUCUAAUAUCCCGGGUAUCAUUCUUGCAUUCUUAGGUGUCUAUUAUUCCAUCAGUCAAAAAUUUGAGAGGCGGUUCAGUGUUCUUCACUUAUCAACAAUCGCGUUGGGCAUCGGUAGUAUUCUCUUCCAUGCCACCCUUAAAUAUGCUCAACAGCAAAGCGAUGAGACGCCUAUGGUAUGGGCAAUGCUUCUUUACAUCUAUGUACUUUACUCUCCCGAUUGGCAUUAUCGCAGUACAAUGCCCACUGUCCUGUUCCUGUACGGAACUAUCUUUGCCAUUCUGCACUCGCAGUUUAGAUUUGUUGCAGGGUUCCAAAUACAUUAUGUUUUCCUGGCGUUGCUCUGUCUUCCAAGGAUGUACAAGUAUUAUAUGUACACGAAAGAUCCGCUGGCGAGAAAAUUAGCUCAUCUUUAUGUUCUCUGUCUCGCACUUGGUGCAAUUUGUUGGCUGGCGGAUCGGCACUUGUGCAGCUGGAUAUGCAAGUUAAAGGUGAAUCCCCAAGGGCAUGCUUUGUGGCAUAUUCUUGAGGGUUUCAACUCAUAUUUUGGCAACACAUUCCUGCAGUAUUGCCGAGCACAGCAGCUGAACUGGAAUCCAAGGAUAGAUUACUUGUUGGGAGUUGUACCUUAUGUGAAGGUGCAGAAAGGUGACACCGAACGGAAGGAGCAAUAAGGCUGCUUACGAGCAUCCUGGGUUUAUGACCCUUUCUGCAUGCUUGGUUAUGCUUGUGGGAGGUGCAUGGUUGCUGAGAAGAUACAAAGUAGUCAAAUUGAUGUAUGAAAGCCAACCAUUGUAAUGUAUUAUUUGUUUCUAUAGCUUAUACAUUUUAGGCUGUGAUACAUUUUGUAUAUAUGGUAAACUGAUUCUAAUGUCCAUCGAUCAAAUUUCAUGAC